UGGACAUAUAAAUUUGAUAAACAAAAGUUAAUUUUGAUGAGUCUUUAAUUUGUGAUAGAACUACAUGCUUCAAAGUGAUACAUAAGUAUUUAUUUAAGCAUUCUACAAAAAUGGCAAUGUUGGGUUCCAUUGCCACAUUGUCUGUGUUCAUAAUACUAGUAUUAAGUGUAGUACUAGGAGAUUUGAUCGAAGAACCAGGUUCAAGAACCAAGCCAACCCAAGGAGCUGUUUGGCCCAAACCUCAACAACAGACCUUCAACAAUGAAAUUUACUCUCUGAAUCCUUAUGAAUUCAAAUUCCAGAAUGAGAUCAACGAUUGUGCCAAUAUCAAUGCAGCUCUCCAACGCUACAAACAUAUUUUGGUAAAAAGUUUACCAAAACCAUGGAAGAAAAACAGAACACUAUUCAGAGGUGAAACUUUGAGUACAUUGAAAGUUUUCCUCAAUGGAACAUGUGAAACUCCAUUAGAUACUAAUAUGGACGAGCACUACGAACUUAAUGUGGUGGCAGGCAGUGACUCUAGAUUGAUUGCAAACACAUAUUGGGGAGUAAUCAGAGGUCUAGAAACCUUUUCACAAUUAGUCUUCCUCGACGAAAAAUCUAACACCAUCCAAAUCAAAGGGACUAAAAUUGUUGAUUUUCCUAGAUUUUCACACCGUGGAAUAUUAUUGGACACCUCCAGACACUUUAUGCCUGUGAAAACUAUUUACAAACUUUUGGACGCAAUGUCUUAUAAUAAGAUGAAUGUUUUCCAUUGGCACAUUGUUGAUGACCAAAGUUUCCCAUACAACAGUAUUACCUUCCCUGAACUCAGCGAAAAGGGCGCUUUUCAUUAUACUAUGGUAUAUUCGCAAGCGGAUAUCGCAGCCAUAAUUGCCUAUGCCAAAACAUUGGGAAUUAGAGUCAUGCCAGAAUUUGAUUCUCCUGGACAUACAAGAUCCUGGGGUGUAUCGCAUCCUGAGUUACUUACCGCAUGCUACAAAGAUGGUAAACCAGAUGGAACUUAUGGUGCAGUUGAUCCAACUUUGAACACAACUUACAUAUUUUUCGAAAAAUUACUGAAAGAGAUCAGUGAGGUGUUUCCGGAUAAAUAUUUACAUCUUGGAGGUGAUGAGGUUGGAUUCGAUUGCUGGUUAAGUAAUCCUGAUUUAAUUGCACGAAUGGAUUUCUUAGGAAUUGAAAAUGUUAGAAAACUGGAGGAAGUAUUCAUUCAAAGAUUAGUGGAUAUGACCACUAAAUUAGGCGCAAGUGCUCUAGUGUGGCAAGAAGUAUUCGAAAACGGUGUUGUUUUGCCAAAUGGCACCAUUGUACAUAUAUGGACUGGUGACCAAAAGCAAAAGCUCAAUCAAAUAACAGGGGCUGGUCUUCCAGCUUUGCUUUCCGCCUGCUGGUAUUUAGAUCACAUAGCAGGCGGUGGUGAUUGGAACAAAUAUUAUAACUGUGACCCAUGGGAUUUCCCUGGAGACGACAAACAAAAGAAAUUGGUGCUCGGAGGUGAGGCUUGCAUGUGGGCCGAAGUUGUAGACAAAACCAAUGUGUUGCAAAGGAUUUGGCCACGUGCAUCGGCAGUAGCUGAAAAAUUGUGGUCAGCUCAGAACGCUGAUAAUACGAAUGAGGCGUCCAAACGAUUGGAAGAACAUUCCUGCAGAAUGAAUAGACGUGGUAUACCAUCACAACCACCGAAUGGUCCAGGCUACUGUUUAAUCAGUAUUUAUUUUUAUUUGGGAAAGCAUUGUCGGAAAAUGGUAAUGUUGCGUUUCAUUACCACACUGUCUGUGUUUUUAUUAGUAUUAAAUGCAGUAUCAUGUGAUUACAUCGAGGAACCAGGCCCAAGAACCAAGCCAACACAAGGAGCUGUUUGGCCCAAACCUCAAGAACAAACCUUCAACAACGAAAUAUACUCUCUGAAUCCUUAUGAAUUCAAAUUCCAGAAUGAGAUCAACGAUUGUGCCAAUAUCAAUGCAGCCCUCCAACGCUACAAAAAUAUUUUGGUAAAAAGCUUACCAAAACCAUGGAAGAAAAACAGACUACUAUUCAGAGGUGAAACCUUGAGUACAUUGAAAGUUUUCCUCAAUGGAACAUGUGAAACUCCAUUAGAUACAAAUAUGGACGAGCACUACGAACUCAAUGUGGUGGCAGGCAGUGACUCCAGAUUGAUUGCAAACACAUAUUGGGGAGUAAUCAGAGGUCUAGAGACCUUUUCACAAUUAGUCUUCCUCGACGAAAAAUCUAACACCAUCCAAAUUAAAGGCACCAAAAUUGUCGAUUAUCCAAGAUUUUCACACCGUGGAUUAUUAUUAGACACUUCCAGACACUUUAUGCCUGUAAAAACUAUUAUUGAUAUUCUGGACGCAAUGUCUUAUAAUAAGAUGAAUGUUUUCCAUUGGCACAUUGUUGAUGACCAAAGUUUUCCAUACCAAAGUAUUACAUUCCCUGAACUCAGCGAAAAGGGCGCUUUUCAUCAAACCAUGGUUUAUUCGCAAACAGAUAUCGCAACCAUAAUUGCCUAUGCCAAAACAUUGGGAAUUAGAGUCAUGCCUGAAUUUGAUUCUCCCGGACAUACAAGAUCCUGGGGUGUAUCGCAUCCUGAGAUACUAACUGCAUGCUACAAAGAUGGCAAACCAGAUGGAACUUAUGGGGCAAUUGAUCCAACUUUAAACACAACUUAUACUUUCUUCGAAAAUCUACUCAAAGAGAUCAGUGAGGUGUUUCUAGAUAAAUACUUGCAUCUUGGAGGUGAUGAAGUUGGAUUCAAUUGCUGGUUGAGUAAUCCUGAAUUAAUUGCACGAAUGGAGUUCUUAGGUAUUGAAAAUGUUAGAAAAUUGGAAGAAGUAUUCAUACAAAGAUUAGUGGAUAUGACCACUAAAUUGGGCGCAAGUGCUCUAGUGUGGCAAGAAGUAUUCGAUAACGGUGUUAUUCUGCCAAAUGGAACCAUUGUACAUAUAUGGGUUGGUGAUCACAGGCAAAAGCUCAAUCAAGUAACCGGGGCUGGUCUUCCAGCUUUGCUUUCCACUUGCUGGUAUUUAAGCCAAAUAUCUGGCGGUGGUGAUUGGAACAAAUAUUAUAACUGUGACCCGUGGGAUUUUCCUGGAGACGACAAACAAAAGAAAUUGGUAAUUGGCGGUGAGGCUUGCAUGUGGGCAGAAUAUGUAGACAAAACUAAUGUUUUGCAAAGGAUUUGGCCACGUGCAUCGGCAGUAGCUGAAAAAUUGUGGUCAGCUCAGAACGCUGAUAAUACGAAUGAGGCGUCCAAACGAUUGGAAGAACAUUCCUGCAGAAUGAAUAGACGUGGUAUACCAUCACAACCACCGAAUGGUCCAGGCUACUGUUUAAUGUAA